AUGGCCAACAUAGCGGUUCAGAGGAUAAAACGGGAAUUCAAGGAGGUUGUCAAAAGUGAAGAGACAAGCAAAAAUCAGAUAAAGGUGGAUCUGGUGGAUGAGAACUUCACAGAACUUAAAGGAGAGAUAGCGGGACCACCUGACACACCGUACGAAGGUGGUAGGUAUCAACUAGAAAUUAAAAUUCCAGAGACAUAUCCUUUCAAUCCACCCAAGGUGCGAUUUAUCACAAAGAUCUGGCAUCCCAACAUCAGUUCAGUCACAGGUGCAAUAUGUUUGGAUAUUCUCAAAGACCAGUGGGCUGCGGCCAUGACGCUGAGGACGGUCCUCUUGUCACUACAAGCUUUAUUGGCAGCUGCAGAACCAGACGAUCCACAAGAUGCAGUGGUAGCCAAUCAGUACAAGCAGAACCCAGAGAUGUUCAAACAGACAGCCAGACUCUGGGCUCACAUCUACGCCGGCGCGCCCGUCUCCAGUCCAGAGUACAUCCGCAAAAUAGACGAACUCUGUGCCAUGGGCUUUGAAAAAAAUGCAGUAAUAGUGGCCUUGUCGUCAAAAUCCUGGGACGUUGAGACGGCGACGGAGCUCCUAAUCAGUAACUGA